AUGGCGGACGUCAUGGAGAAGAUCGCGGCGAUCGAGCUGGAGAUGAGCCGCACGCAGAAGAACAAGGCGACCGCCGCGCACCUCGGAUCGCUCAAGGCGAAGCUCGCCAAGCUCCGCCGCGACCUCAUCGAGGGAUCGGGCGCCAAGUCCGGGCCGAAGGGCGAGGGGUUCGACGUGACCAAGACGGGCGACUGCCGCGUCGGCAUGGUCGGCUUCCCGUCCGUGGGGAAGUCCACGCUGCUCAACAAGCUGACGGGCACCUUCUCCGAGGUGGCGGCGUACGAGUUCACGACGCUGACGUGCAUCCCCGGCGUGAUCCGGUACCGCGGCGCGAAGAUUCAGCUGCUGGAUCUCCCCGGUAUCAUCGAGGGCGCGAAGGACGGCAAGGGACGCGGCCGGCAAGUCAUCUCCACCGCGAGAACCUGCGACGUCAUCGUCAUCGUCCUCGACGCGCUCAAGCCGCUGACGCACAAGAGGCUCAUCGAGCACGAGCUCGAGGGGUUCGGCAUCAGGCUGAACAAGGAGCCGCCGAAGAUCACGUUCAAGAAGAAGGAGAAGGGCGGCAUCAACUUCACCCCGAACAACGCGGGCGAGACCACUUUCCUGGACGAGGACACCGUCAAGCAGAUCUGCAGCGAGUACAAGAUUCAACACGCCGACGUCAAGCUGCACGACGACUGCACCGACGAGGAGCUCAUCGACGUCAUCGAGGGCAGCCGCGUGUACGUCCCGUGCAUCUACGCCAUCAACAAGAUCGACCAGAUCACCGUGGAGGAGCUGAACCUGCUCGACAAGAUGAAGCACUACUGCCCGGUGUCGGCGCACAAGGAGUGGAACCUGGACGGGCUGCUGGAGACUAUUUGGGAGUACCUCGACCUGGUGAGGAUCUACACCAAGCCGCGGGGGGUGAACCCGGACUACGAGGAUCCGGUGGUGCUCCCGCGGCGGGCGUGCACGGUGGAGGACUUUUGCAACAGGCUGCACAAGGGCAUCAUCAAAUCGUUCAAGCAGGCGCUGGUGUGGGGGCUCAGCGUGAAGCACCGCCCGCAACGGGUGGGUAAGGACCACGUGCUGGAGGACGAGGACGUGGUGCAGAUCAUCAAGAAGCAGUGA